ACAUAUACAUGUGCAGGGGACCGCAUACCCCAUCAAGGGGUAAUGAAGAACUGACAGUUAGUCGCCCCGCUCUGCGUGCCUCCCACCUCACGGCUGCCCUGCACUUAGUAUGAGGCACUAGCAAGCGAUUAGACAGAAGCCAUGUGCCGAUUAAUGGCUUACGUCGGCCAGCCACAGCUGCUGGCCGACAUCGUAUUGUACCCAGACCGCUCCAUCAUCAAGCAGUCUUAUGAUGCGCGGGAGCGCAAAAUUGACCCAACGUUGCCGUUCCACCUUGGCCACGGCAACUUGAACGGCGAUGGCUUUGGCAUCGGCUGGUUCAAUCCAGAUGAGCGGCGCGUGCAGGACCCCACGCCCUGCGUGUUCACAAGCAUCACACCUGCGUGGAACAACGAGAACCUGUCGCGCCUGGCCUGCAAGAUCGUGUCGCCGCUGGUGUUCGCGCACGUGCGCGCCGCGUACCCCGGCAUGCCCGUCAGCGAGCAGAACUGCCACCCGUUCCAGUUCAGUCGCUACAUGUGGAUGCACAACGGAGUGGUGGGAGGCUUCGCGCAGAUCCGGCGCUCGCUGCUCGAGACGCUGUCGGAUUGCGCCUACAACGCCGUGGCCAGCUUCCACUCCGAUUCCGCCGUCAGCUUCGCGCUGUUCCUGAACCACCUUCCGGACGUGCGCAGCCAGCAGCCCCCCGACGUGCUCAUCAAGGCUAUGCAGGACACCAUCGCCACCAUCAGCGCGGUGCAGCGCCGCCACGGCAUCACCGCCACCAGCCUGCUCAACUACGUCGUUAGCGACGGCACCACCCUCAUCGCCACGCGCUUCGUGUCACCUGACAGCGAGGGCCCCGCCUCCCUCUACUAUGCUGAGGGCGCUACAUUUGCCCGCGCCCCGCCGCCGCCAGUGCCCCAGCCCGCGCCGCAGCAGACACAGGGGCAGCCCGGCUGCACGCCCUGCAACGGCGCCGCCAGCAGCGGCAGCAGCAUCACGCAGGAGUCGAGCUAUGAGCUCAGCUUCGCGGCGCAGGGCCCUGCGGUGGUGUUCGUGGCGUCCGAGCCCAUCACAGCAUCGGCCUCGGACUGGGUGGCUGUGCCCAAGAACACGGCUCUGGUGGUGACGCGCGAGAAGGGCGGCUUCCUCAACAUCCUGCGCUGCCCGCUAGUGCCGCAGCACCCGCCGCUGCCCUCGCCCACCUCCACCUACCUCUCCCCGCUCCCCGGCAACGGCACGCCGCCGCUGCCGCGUCGCUCCUCCGGCGGCGGCGGCGGCACCGGCGGCGGCGGCAUGACGGGGCUCCUUGUGACCAUCCCCAGCAGCGGCAGCGGCGGCGCGGGCGGCGGCCUGCCGUACAUCAACCCCCAGCGGGACGUGGGGCUGUGCCUAGAGGCCCUGAGUCGGGGGCUGGGCACCAAGAGCCGUGCCUUCCUAUCGCAUCGACCCACGGGCAUGGGCGUGGCGGCGGGGCCGCAGCAGCACCAGCCGGGCGGGUUGCUGCCGGUUGCGCCCGAAUCCCUGGCGGCGUUGGACUUGCCGCCCAGUGGCACAUCCAUGGUGUUCUCGCGGCCGAGCCUGGGCGGCGUGGAGGGCCUGCCCGCGACUGCCAGCAUGGCCCAGCUGCCGCCCGCGCCCGGCACCGCCACCGCCACGCCCGCCGCCUCCAUGAUGAUGUCGUCCCGCGCCGGCAGCCAGGGCCUAGAGGUGGCCCUGGCGUCGCCGGCGCUGGACACGCACGACUACAUGCGGCUGGUGGGGCACACCGGGGCGGUGCUGGCGCUCACCGUGUGCCCCUACACCGCCCGCCUCUACACCUCCUCCGUGGACUGCAGCGUGCGGGUGUGGAGCUUGCGCGACAACAGCUGCCUACACACGCUGGUGGGGCAGCGCAAGCCCGUGACCGUCAUGCGGCUGCGGGCGCACGGCCGGCUGCUGCUGGCGGCCAGCGGGCGCAAGAUCCGCGUGUGGGACGCGGUGGGCUUCCGCUGCCUGCAGGUGAUCAAGAUCAGCGACUCGUGCGGCACCAUCCGCUGCAUGGAGGUGCUGGGCGGCGCGCAGCACCACCACCGCCACCACAGCCACAGCCACCACAGCCACCAGCCCGGCGCUGCUGGUGCCAGCCAGCCCCAGCAGCCCCGGGCGCAUGCGAACGCCACCAGCUCCCACGCAGCCGGGCCACCGCACCCGCAGCACCAGCGCGGCAUGCACCACCUCUACCCGCAGCUGGCCACCGCGCCUGCGCAGCAGCCCGCCGCCGGCCGUGUCGUCCGCGUCGACAGCCGGUCCACUGCCAGCAGCGACCCCGCCGCGGCCGGCGUGGUCCUCGCCGGCACCAGUCCGCCGGGCCUGCCGGCCGAGGCCACCGCCAUGGCCGCCGCUGGUACGGCUGCGGCUGCGGCAGGCAGCGCCCGCAGCUCCAUCACAGGCAGCGAGAUGAGCGGGCCGCUAGGGCUGGCGAUGGGCGGCGGCUACGGCAGCUUCUCGGGCGGCGACGGCUACAUGUCGGCGGGCGAGGGCGGCAGCAGCAGCGUGAGCCUGGCUGAGGGCACCAUGGGCAGCCUGCAGGACCUCGUGCUGGACGGCUUCGGCUCAGUCACACCCGCCGUCAUUGCGGGCAGCCUCAGCCUGCGCAACGAGGCACUGCUAGCGGGCAUCGCCACCAGCGCCGGCCGCGCCGCCGGCGCCAGCAACGGCGCCCUGGGUGUUUCCGGGGGGCCUGGCGCCGCCGCCCCUGGCGGCGCGCGCGCCGCCGCCGCUGUCGCGGCGGCGGCGCUGAUGGCGGCGGGCGGCGGCGCCGCCUCCGCGGCGGCGGCGGAGGGCUUGUCGCUGUUGUACGUGGGAUGCCAGGACACCACCGUCAAGGUGUUCACGCUCAAUGAGCCGCAGCUGUUGUCGGCUGCCGCCGCCGCCGCGGUGGAGGCGGUGAACGCCGCGGCCAACGCCGCCCGAGCCGCCGGCAGCGUCGCCGCCUCGCGCUCCGACUCGCUCAACAACGGUGGGCUGGCGUCGCCGCCGUCCAAGCCGCCGCCGCCGCCGCCGGCCACGACGACGCCCGUGUCGCCGUUCGCACCCGCGGCGCGCGGCACCGGCGGCCUGGCGCAGGCGCUGUCGCGCACGACCACGACCGGUGUGUCGGGGCCGCCGGCGGUGCUGCCGCCGCGGCUGAUCGCGACUCCGGAGGAGGCGGAGCACGGCGUGAGCGACUUGGCGCCGCUGAUGGUGACGGCGGCGGACGGCGGCGCGCACGUGGGCCCCGUCAACUGCCUGGCGGUGUGCGGCCGGUACCUGUGCUCGGGAGGAGGUGACGCCACGGUGCGCGUGUGGGACGCCGCCACGCUCAAGCUGGUGGCGGUGCUGCGCGGCCACCGCGGCAGCGUGCUGUGCCUGCUGGGGCUGGGACCCAACCUGCUGCUCAGCGGCGCCCGCGACAACACCAUCCGCGUGUGGGACCUGGAGAUGGACAUGCUGUGCCGCCGCACCCUGACCGGCCACAAGGACGACGUCACAGGCCUGUCCGCCAUCUCCCUGCACAAGCAGCGACCCGGCUCUCUCGCGCACGCGCACUCACAUCCUCACGGCCAGCACCAAGCCCAGGGGCACACGCAUGUGAACGGCGCCGUGGCUGGGACGCCGCCCGGCCGUGGCGGCGGCGUGCCGCCGGUGGCGGCGGCGGCGCCUAGCGGCACGCUCACUCCUGGCGGGCGCAGCGUGGCGCUGGCGUCCACCGUCAUCGCGUCCUCCUCCGCAGACGGCACCGUGCGGCUCUGGUCCACCGCCUGGGCCUGCCUGUGCAUCCUGUCGCUGCCCUCCACCUCGCGGCCGGUGAUGCCCGCCGCGCUGUGCGGCUGCCUCACGCCCGACAUGGCCAUGGCGGGCUACGGCGACGGCGAGGUGCGGCUGUGGCACAUCGAGGACGUACACGGCGCCGUGCUGCAGCGCUGCUACAAUGAGGUGGCGGCGGCGGCGGAGGCGCUGCAGGCCGCCGCCGGCGCCUGUGGCUGCCUGUCGCACGGGGCGGCGGAGGCUGGCACCGCCCGCGACCAGCAGCUGGUGGCGGCGCUGGCGCAGGUGCAGCAGUUUGGCGCGGCGGGCGCCGUCGCAGCGGCGGCGGCGCUGUCCAGCAGCAGUGGCGAGGUGCUGCGGCGGUGCUCGAACGCAGGCAGCGCCCCGAGCGGCAACGGCACGCCCGCAGGUUCGGUGGUGCAGGGCACGCUUGCAUUGCUGGGCGGCGGCGGCGCCGCCGCCGACAGCUUGCCCGCUGUGCCCGUGUCCGAAGGCGACGUGCCGUCCUUGAGCGGCGCGCCGCCUGCCGUGCCAGACCCGACGGCGGCGGCGCCGCCAGCUGCCGCCUCGUCAGGCGCCGUCGCGUCCGCCGCCAUCCCCAAGUCGUCUAUGCUGACGUCGCCGUCGCUUGCGCAUCUAGUGGGCGACCAGGCCUCCAACCGACCCGACAGCCGCGCCUCUGACGCCUCCGGUGCCUCAGGUCCCGUCACGGACCGCCCCUCGUCCGUGGACUUGAUGCCGACGACGUCGACCGCGUUGGGCAUGCAGCGCGUCUCGAGCAGCGGCUUGAGUGGCGGUGGCGCGGCGCCGUCGACAACGGCCUGCGCGAUGGCGGCGAGCGUCAUGGCGGGCCCCGGUACCGCCUUCGCGACGCCGCUGCCGCACGCCGGCGCCAUGCCCACUUCCGCCGUUCCCAUCCACAUCCAUGGGCGUCGCAGCCCCCUGUCUGGCGCCAGUGCUGCCAACCUCGGCGCAAACUUGUCUGAGGGGCCCGGCGCAAGUGCUGCCGCCGGCUGCGCCGCGGCUGCAACCGCGACCGCCGGGGCAGCUGCGCUGCCAGCCGUCGCCGCAGCGCCGCUUCCGGUGCCACCGCUGAUGUCCUUGCCGGGCGCAGCCCCAGCUGCAGCUGCUGGCUCGGGCGCGGCUGGCGCCGCCGCUGCCACCGUGGCUGCGGAGGCUGCGGCCGCCGCGGCUGCGGCCAGCACUGCUGCGACGCUGCUGGGCACGGCCGCCAGCUACUUCACCUCCACCAGCGACCAGCAGCUGGAGGCGGCGCUGAGGGAGUUUGUGCGCAUCAAGACGGUGAGCAGCUCGCCCAGGCUGCGCGACGACUGCCACAAGGGCGCCAAGUUCGUGGCCAAGAUGCUUGAGGGGCUGGGCGCCGACGUCAAGGUGGUGCAGGUGUAUGAGGACAAGAACCCCGUGGUUAUCGGGCGACUGGGACACAACCCCGACCGCCCCACCGUCACGUUCUAUGGCCACUACGAUGUGCAACCCGCCGCGGAGCCUGACUGGGCCACCAACCCCUUCGAGCUCAACUCGGUGAACGAGUACCUCUACGGCCGCGGUGUGUCCGACAACAAGGGCCCCAUCCUGGCCUUCAUCUUCGCGGUGCGCGAGCUCAUGAACGCCGCCGCCGAGGCGGGUGCGCCGGGCGGCACGUUGCUGCCGGUCAACGUGGCGUUCGUGUUCGAGGGCGAGGAGGAGAACGGCAGCCGAGGCUUCGCGCAGGCCAUUACGCAGAACCUGCGCUGGUUCGAGGGCACGCAGCUGAUCAUCAUCUCCAACACCCUGUGGGUGGGCGAGAACGUGCCCUGCCUCACCUACGGCAUGCGCGGCAUGCUCAGCCUCACCGUGCAGAUCACGGGUCCGGAGCGCGACCUGCACAGCGGCAACGACGGCGGCGUGUUCGCCGAGCCCAUGGUGGACUUGUUGCGGGUCAUGGCCACUCUGGUGGGCCCAGGAGGCAGGGUGCAGGUCCCGGGCUUCUACGAGGAAGUGGAGCCGGACCUGAUUGAGCUGGCCUGGACCUCGUUGGAGCACAGCGAGGAGUUCUCACUGGAGGGCUACAAGGCGGCUCUGGGCGUGCCCUCGCUCACGGCGCCGCCGCACAAGCGCGACCUGCUGGUGACGCGAUGGUGCCUGCCCAGCCUGUCCGUGGUGGACAUGCGGCCCGGCGCGGCGCACGCGGCGGAGCCCGCCACCACCUCCUACCGCUUCGGCCCCACCCGCUUCAGCGUCAUCCCCAAGGCGGCGCAGGGCAAGGUGUCGGUGCGCUUCGUGCCCAACCAGGAUGCUGACACGCUGGUGGAGAAGCUCAGGCAGCACGUGCACAAGUCGUUUGAGGCGCUGGGCAGCAGCAACCGCAUCGACCUGCACGUGGAGGCGCGUGGCAACUGGUGGGAGGUGCGGCGGCAGGGCAGCCCCUGGCUGGACAUGGCGGAGAAGGCCAUCGCCAAGGAGUGGGGCGUGCACCCGCUCUACGUGCGAGAGGGCGGCACCAUGCCAGUGGCUUCCCACUUGGAGCGGCUGCUGUGCGCGCCCGCCAUCAUGAUCCCCAUGGGCCAGUCCUCAGACAACUGCCACCUGGCCAACGAGCGCAUCCGCCGCACCAACCUGUUCAAGGGCAAGAACGUCAUCCGUAGGCUGCUGGAGGAAAUCGGGGCCAUGGGCGGUGGGGCGGCGGCAGCGGCGGCAGCGGCGGCAGCGGGAGCGGCGGCGGUGGAAGCGGCGGCGGGAGCAAGAGUGGGCUCGCCGUGCGGAGGCGCGGCGACGGCGCCAGUGGGUGCUGGGGAGGCGGCGGUGGGCAGCCUGGGCGAUGGGCCGGAGGCGUCGCUGGGGUCUUUGGCGGCGACGGCGGAGGUUGUGGACAACGGCGAGAGCUGGGGUGCACCCACAGCCUGCGCUGGGCUGGAUGAGUGAUCGGGGCUGGUUGCGGUGAAUGUGUUCAAUGGUGCACUGAGUGCUAGGACUGCUGCAUGUAUAGUCUCGGACACAGUGUUCGCACUUCGCAGUGCUCACGAAGCUUGUAUGCAAACGGUAAUAAAAAGGGCAGGACGCGCCGCUUCAUGGCGGCUAGGUGAACUGAACGGACCGCGCGCCUUAGUACCGUACGCAAUCGCAUUUUUGAGUGUGAGGCUCAAUCAGGUUUAGUACGCUAGUGGCGUGGUGUAGAGUCGGGUUUAGGGCUGUCAGAGCGUGACGUUUGCAGCACGAGUGCCGGGGUCGAUAUGACGAGAUGGGCAUAAACGCGGGCUCACUGGCUGCGAGAUGGCAAAUGAUAGCGCGAAUCGUGGAAGCAGGGGUGGGGCACGCGGGCAGGGCACGUGGCAGGGUUGCACGGAAAGGUGCAUCUUGUGUGCAUGGCUGCACGCAGCCCACCACCAGUCCGCAUUUACUUGCUGAAAGCUGCCACACAUACGGUAGUGGGUAGUGAUGACGCCCACCGGUAGCGUGCCGAUGAACUCAUGAACGACGCCGCAAGCACGGUGUCGCUGCGUGGACCAUCACACCCAGAAGGAGGCUAGACGCGUGCCCCCCUGCGGCUUUUGAAGGGGCAAAACGACUGAACCGAUGCGCAUGAUUUUCUGGUCGAUACUCGUGCUGCGACUGCCACUGCCACUGCGAUUGUACUGCGCCCAUGCUGAAAUGAUGCAAAAUGCAGGGGCUGAUGGAUCCAGUUUACACGAACUCGGAAUUAACCCUGUCGCAAGUA